UGCGCCGCUCAGUCGCUGACGAUCAGUUCGCUCGUUUGGUUGUGCUAAAAACGAGUCACCCGCGUUGUGAGCAUUCGACAUUAGUCGUCGUCGUCGUCGUCGUCGUCGUUGGCGUGCCUUUGGUCGGUUCGGACAGUAUUCAGCGGGCAGUCGAAACUAGCAACAGUGUCUCGGGGCUACCCAGUUAAUCAGUGUGAGAAAAUUUAUACAUAGAAGAAAGAAUAACCAGUGUGCUUCUCAGUACCAUGUGACGGGCGUGUUGCUCACGGGGAAGCUUAGAAUCAAUCGAAUCGACUGAGAACACGGGGCGCAAUCGCAGUGUGCCAAGAACGGGUAGCGCCACUACACAGAGUGACAAGGACACACGAUCACGAUCACGCGACCUUCGCACAGAAGCACUUGACGACGGAUGGACGACGAGCAGCAGCGCUCGAUGGCGACGACGGUGGUGCAACGGGAGAUGAUGGCGACCACCACCACCACCACCAUCGCAGCCGCCGCCGGCAUUGCCGAAUCGUACGCUGGCCGGUCGAUCUUCAUCACCGGUGCGACCGGUUUCAUGGGCAAAAUUAUGGUGGAAAAGCUGCUGCGCGACUGUGGCGAGCUGCGGUGCAUCUAUCUGCUGAUACGCGCGAAAAAGGGCGUCGAUCCGGCCCAGCGCAAGGAGGAGUACGUGAAGAACAUCGUGUUCGAUCACGUGCGCGAACGGUACAGCGAGCGGCUCGGCAAGAUACGGCUGAUACGCGGCGACAUACUGAGCCCGGGCCUCGGGCUGAGCGACGACGAUCGCCGCGAGCUGACCGAGAACGUCGAGCUGGUGUUUCACUGUGCCGCGAACGUGCGCUUCGACCAGCACAUCCGGCAGGCGGUGGACAUCAACCUGAACGGCACGAUCCGGGUGCUCGGGCUGGCGGAACAGAUGCGGCGGCUGGUGUCGUUCGUGCACGUGUCGACCGCCUACUGCCAGUGCAAUGAGGCGGUGCUGGAGGAGAAGCACUACCCGGCGCCCCAGAAUCCGGAGGGCAUUUCGAAGAUGGUCGGUCUGCUCGAUGACGAUCUGCUCGACAUCAUAACGCCAAGACUGCUGAACAACCUGCCGAACACGUACGCGUACACGAAAGCGCUCACCGAGGACAUGGUGUACCAGUACCGGGGCAAGCUGCCGAUCGCCAUCGCCCGCCCGUCGAUCGUGACGGCCGCGAUGAAGGAACCGCUGCCCGGGUGGGGCGAGGGCACCAACGGCCCAACCGGGCUGCUGAUCGGGGCCGGCCGCGGCGUCAUCCGCAGCAUGCACUGUAACGGCGAGUAUCUGGCCGACUUUAUGCCGGUGGACGUGACGAUGAACGCGAUCAUCGCGAUCGGCACGGAGCGGAUGGCGAACGCGCGCAAGGAGGACGUGAUGUACUACAAUCUCACCUCGUCCGCCGACAAUCCGAUCAGCUGGGGCGAGGUGCUGGAAAUGGGGCGCGGCAUACUGAACCAGAAUCCGUUCUGCUUCGCCCUCUGGUAUCCGGACGGGUCGAUCAAGUCCAACUAUCUGUACCAUCUGCUGUGUGUCGUACUGUUCCACUAUCUGCCGGCGUACCUGAUCGACUUUCUGAUGGUGCUGCUCCGUCGCAAACCCUUCUUGGUGAAGGUACAGAAAAGGAUAUCGGCCGGACUGACGAUACUGCAGUACUACACGACCAAGGAAUGGGUCUUCCGGUGUGACAAUACGAAAUCGCUCUACCAGCGGCUGUCGCCGGACGAUCGGAAGCGGUUCUACUUCGACGUGAACGAAAUCAACUAUAAGACCUACCUGUACGAUUUCAUUCUCGGCGCCCGGCAGUACAUCCUGAAGGAGGCGCCCGAAACGCUACCGAAAGCAAGGAAGCUGCUGCGCAAGCUCUACAUCAUGGACAAGAUUGUGCAGAUUGGACUGUACCUGUGUGGACUGUGGUUAGCCUGGACGUAUCUGGAGGUUGUGACCGGCUCGAUUCAGUUCGUGUUCGACACCGCUAUCGAGAGUCUGCGCGGCACGACCGUACGGCAGGGACUUUGAUUUCAACGAUGUGCUAAUUAAUUUAACGAUUUGAGAGGGAUUGACAAAGUGAUCGCCUCUGGCUAAUGUGUGACACAGUUAGUAGUGUGUAAGUAACGUUUUUGGUUAGAUUUUGCCCCCAAUUCGGAUAGGCGGGGAAGGUAGGGACGCUCCCCCACAUUUUAAACCUGCACUGCCUCAACGACAAUUCCACCUUUUUUUGGGCCUUUGUGCCUUCUGCACGGAAUGCACCGAAUUUUCCAUCGAACACGAGGGUUGUGUGCACACAUGUGUGCUUAAAUGUAUAUUCUUAGCGUACGUAAUAAAGCUUUUUAUGAAACAAA